GCUUGAAGCAGAUCAGCUUCACGUGGAUGCAGUAGAGGCCGGUGUUGUGCUGGUGCUGUGUCGGGUCUGCGCAGAUCUAACCUAUAACCGCAUGUCACCUGCUUAUCAAGUGUCCAUGGAGAUUGAGAAGUUUAAUGCCAUACUGCAGAAUAACUACUCCAUGGAGAUUAGAAGGUGGUGGAUCCUUUAACCAGAGGAGUUACAGAGAAGUUACAGCGCAUGUUGCUUUUUGCUUAGUUUUGUCUUGGGUGAUGAUGCCAAAGAAAAGCAAAAACGCAGUUAAAAGAACCAAUGGCACAGCGGAGGAGGAGGAGACUGUUCCCUCUAAACGUGCCGCCGAGGUGGAGUGCCCUUUGACCUUUCACAGCCCCGCGGAGCUCUUCGCCAGCCUCAUCGCCCCCUUGAGUCCAGAGCAGUUUUUCUCUGAGUACUGGGAGCAGAAGCCGGUGCACCUGCGCAGAGAUGAGCCCGGGGUGGCCCAGUAUUACUGGUCUCUGUUCAGCCUCUCCGACCUCCCCGACCUCUGCUCGCAUGACCUGGAGUUCUACCGCGAUGUGAACGUGGUGCGCUGCAUCAACGGCAAGAAAAAGGUCCUGAACAAAACGGGGAAAGUGAAGUAUCCAGCGCUCCACAAACUCAUCACGCAGAACAAGGCCACGGUUCAGUUCCACCAACCACAGAGAUUCAAGGAUGAGCUGUGGCGCGUGCAGGAGCGUCUGGAGAGUUUCUUUGGAGCUUUGGUCGGCUCCAAUGUUUACAUGACCCCAGAGGACUCCCAGGGCCUCCCCGCGCACUAUGACGACGUGGAGGUGUUCAUCCUGCAGCUGGAGGGGCAGAAGCACUGGCGCCUGUACACCCCCACGGUCCCCCUGGCCUCAGACUACAGCCUGGUGCCCGAGGACCAACUGGGCAGCCCCACCCAUGACAUCCUGCUCCAGGAAGGAGACUUGUUGUACUUUCCCAGAGGAACGAUCCACCAGGCCAACACUCUGCCCGGACACCACUCCACCCACCUGACCCUCAGCACCUACCAGAACAUGUCCUGGUCAGAUCUGCUCCUGGAUGUUCUUCCUGGGUUCCUCAGUGAGAGCAGCAGAACUGACACACACCUUAGACAGGGCAUGCCCAGCAGGGUUUUACUGGGGGGCUGUGAUAACGCGGGCCUUAGGAAUCAGAUGGCCGCUCGCCUGCGCCACCUUGCAGACAGAAUUGAGACGGGCACCGGGGAGAUGUGCUCUGCCAGUCUGAAGAGGGACUUUAUCAUGAACAGACUGCCCCCACACUGCCCAGAGGAGCAACUCAACCCGGUGGGGAGACUGCCCCAGCUCCACGACACCGUGUCCCUCACCUUCAGAGAACACGUGCUCCUCACAGUGGAGCCCAAACACAGGACCACGGACGAGAGCCCGGAGAUGGCUGUGUUUGUCCUGCACUCUCUGAGGAACCAGAGGAGCCACCACAUGAUGAGUCAGGGGCCCCAGGAGAGUGAGGGGCCUGAGGACGAGGAAGGCCUGCAUGUCUCUGCUGGCUUGCAAUUCCCUCUGUCCCACCUGGGGGCGCUGCAGCAGCUGCAGAAAGAGGAACAACUGCCUGUGACUGAUCUUCUACUUCCUGGGCCAGAGGAGCAGCUCAGCCUGGUGGUGGCGCUGUGGAGCGAGAGCCUGCUCAAAGCACUUUAACAGACACUCAAAUAAAUUAACUGUGAAUGAGUC